ACUUUCUUCGAUUUUUUUUUUUUUACUUUCAACUUCCAACAGUUAGACAAAAAACAUUAGACGGUAAUUAACAGAAUGUCUGAAAAUUCUAUAAAUCCCGCAGAACGUCUCAAAUUAGGGCCCCGAGAGGGAAUAACAUAUCCACUAAUGGUUAAAUAUUGUGGCAAUUGCUCAAUGCCAAUCGAAUAUUGCGAAUAUUAUCCAGAGUAUGAAAAAUGUAAAGCGUGGCUAGAGAAAAAUUUGCCUGAGCAAUUCGAACGUGUUAAACUAGAAGAGGAGACAGGUGACGGCGUCGAUGAUGAUAAGAAACGUCAAAAACGUGGUGGUAAAGGUUUAAUGAAAAUAAAGAAAAAAGAAGAAGUCACUAAAAGGAUAACACUAUCUAGAGCACCACGAGGCAAAAAGAAGUCUGUUACUGUUGUUACCGGUCUUCACACUUUCGAAAUUGAUCUUAAAGUGGCUGCCAAAUUCUUUGGUACAAAAUUCGCUUGCGGCUCUUCAGUAACAGGCGAAGAUGAAAUAGUCAUACAAGGCGAUGUUAAAGACGAUUUAUUUGACGUUAUACCUGAUAAAUGGCCUGAAAUCGAUGUUGAUCUUAUAGAAGAUUUAGGAGAUCAAAAACGUUAAGUUAUUUUGUAAAAGGCUUUUUAUAAUUGAUUCAGUAACUUGAAAUGCCACAAAUUAAAUUUUUAAUGUAACAA